AUGCUUCCGUAUCACUACGAACCUCUACGGCAAGCGGACUCGUUUAGAACAUUACUCCUCCAUCCAGGCGAGCAGGACGAUCCCAUCACGUGCAGUCUAGCGCUUGAAGAUAUCAAGACCGCCGCCUCCUACGAGGCCAUCUCAUACGCCUGGGGAAAUUCCAACAACCAGAGGCAGAUCACGUGCGACCGCCGGAGCAUCUACAUAACCGCCAGUUUAUGGACUGCACUUCAGAGACAGCGUCUGCCCGAUAAGGCGCGGAGAUUGUGGGCAGAUGCAAUCUGUAUCAAUCAGCAAGACGAAAAAGAGCGAGGACAUCAGGUCACGAUAAUGGGCAGGAUCUUCAAGAGCGCGCGGAGAGUCCUCGUCUGGCUCGGUCCUGACAUUGACGGCGAGGCGGAAGACAAUUUCGCUUUGUUGAGGGAAGUUUGCGAUGUGGUCACCAACUCCUUGGAAAAGUACGGCUCUUAUUCCGCCAUCCCAGACGUCCCUCCUGAGGAUCUUUAUCAGUACGAUGAACUUCGAUGGACAUCGCUUGCCCGUAUGUUUGAUCUCCCGUGGUUCAGUCGCCUAUGGAUCAUUCAGGAGGUCGGACUAGCGCGCUAUGCUUUGAUGUUCUACGGCAAUGCCGAGAUUGAGUGGAGCGCUGUAUACAGAGCGGCGAAGGACAUCAGUCAGAGGAUGACUGCUAUCGGACGUUCCUUCAAUGUGCGAGUAUACCACGUAGUGGAUAUUGUAGAUGUCUUCUCCUUCAAGGAAGGUGAAACACAAAUUCCCUAUUGUGAAGACUUUGUCGACGUCCUGUAUACGGCCUGUGGGAGUCUGGCUUCCGACCCGAGAGACUACAUCUACGCCUUCCUCGCUCAUCCAACUGCCAAGUCUGAAGCCGGUACGAUCGUCCCCGCAGACUAUACUUUGUCCACUCAGCAACUGUAUGAAUUGUUAGCUAUCAGACAUAUAGAACAGAGGCAGGACCUGCACAUAUUAUCAUUCAUUCAACACGCGGCUGAUACCAUACAAGAUGGCACUCCUUCAUGGCCACCACGAUGGUAUCUGGGCCGGCCUGUGACUGUAUUUGUUACUGAUUUGGGCCGAGUGUGGUAUGACGCGGCGGCAGGUUCGAAGUUCUGGUUCGCAGCUUCGGCUGGUCAUGGUGUACUGCACUUGCGGGGUUUGGUGUUCGACGCCAUAUCCUUCUGUUCAGAGACGUUACAUAAAGCGGCCCUCUCUCUUCUUGGGCCUAUGAGUUCUCAGAUUACCGGUGCGAACGUUUUAAGAAAACUGUCGACCCAGUUCAUUGAUACCACUCCGCCACUGGUGUAUCCUCAGGCCGAUCGUCUCAAGGCGUUUGUUCUCACGUUGAGUGCGGGGAGGGGGUGGUUUAUAAAUGACGUAGAGAAUGACGGGCUGGCCACGCAUCUUGCCGACUUCGCUGCGUAUCAGAAUCGUGCUUACGAUAUCGCUCGCAGCGUCAGCAGUCCAUCGGAAGAAAACUCGCAGCCACGCCGAGACGCAGGAGAUGGAGAUUGGUAUCGCUAUGCCCGGCGUGCGUUCGGCGUAUGCGACCGCAGGAGGCUUUUCAUCUCUAAGAGAGGCUAUCUCGGACUUGGUCCGAGAGUCUUGCAGGAGGGCGACCUCUGCUGUAUCCUUUACGGUGCUACAAUGCCUUUCAUCCUGAGGCGGCGCGAUGACCACUAUAUUUUGCUAGGCCAGUCCUACAUCCAUGGAAUCAUGCGUGGAGAAGCCAUGGAGAUGCUACGAAACGGUGAACUGCAAGAGCAGACGUUCGAAAUCCAUUAA